AUGUUCGCUGCUCGUUCUUUCAACCUCCUGCAGAAGCGGGCCUUCUCUGCCUCUGCCAGCCAGGCCUCCAAGGUCGCUGUCCUCGGUGCCGCCGGUGGCAUUGGCCAGCCUCUGUCUCUCCUGCUCAAGCUCAACCCCCGUGUCUCUGAGCUCGCUCUCUAUGACAUCCGCGGUGGACCUGGUGUCGCUGCUGAUCUGAGCCACAUCAACACCAACAGCACUGUCACUGGCUACAACCCUACCCCUGAGGGCCUCCGUGACUGCCUCAAGGGCUCUGAGAUCGUUCUCAUCCCUGCCGGUGUUCCUCGCAAGCCCGGCAUGACCCGUGACGACCUUUUCAACACCAACGCCUCCAUCGUCCGUGACCUCGCCAAGGCCGCUGCUGAGGCUUCCCCCGAGGCCAACAUCCUGGUCAUCUCCAACCCUGUCAACUCCACCGUUCCCAUCGUCUCUGAGGUCUUCAAGGCCAAGGGUGUCUACAACCCCAAGCGUCUCUUCGGUGUCACCACCCUGGACGUUGUCCGUGCUUCCCGCUUCAUCUCUCAGGUCAAGAAGACCGACCCUGCCGGCGAGGCCGUCCCCGUCGUUGGUGGCCACUCCGGUGUCACCAUCGUUCCCCUGCUCUCUCAGUCCAACCACUCCGACAUUGAGGGCACCACCCGUGAUGAGCUCGUCAACCGCAUCCAGUUCGGUGGUGAUGAGGUCGUCAAGGCCAAGGACGGUGCCGGUUCUGCCACCCUCUCCAUGGCCAUGGCCGGUGCUCGCUUCGCUGAGUCCCUCCUGAAGGCUGCUCAGGGCGAGAAGGGCGUCAUUGAGCCCACCUUCGUCGAGAGCCCUCUCUACAAGGACCAGGGUGUUGACUUCUUCGCCUCCCGCGUCGAGCUCGGCCCCAACGGUGUCGAGAAGAUCCACGAGGUUGGCAAGGUCAACGCCUACGAGGAGAAGCUCAUCGAGGCUGCUCUUGCUGACCUUAAGAAGAACAUCCAGAAGGGUAUUGACUUCGUCAAGGCCAACCCUUAA